CACUGAAGCUAAAGGCAACUAUCUGAAAAACCUGGUUUAUCAUGGCAAUGCUGAGAAAUCUUCUGCUUCUUUUCUGUUUAUUCUCCCUGCAGAGUGCAGCAGCUAAAAAGUGCCCAUUUGGAUGGAAACCUUUUGGAGUACAAUGCUACAAAUACUUCCCUCAGCAGGUUAACUGGCCAACAGCAGAGAAAAACUGUCAAACCAUUGAUGGAAAUCUGGCAUCUGUGCAGAGCAAACUGGACAAUGAUUUUCUACUGAGUCUAGUUCCUGUAUCCUCACGUGCUUGGAUUGGCGGUCAUGAUGGUGAAGUAGAUGGUCAAUGGAUGUGGACUGAUGGGUCUGUAUUUGACUUCACCUACUGGUCCCCUAAAGAACCGAACAAUUCCAACAAUGUUCCUGAGAACUGCUUGGAGAUCAACUGGACCAGUGAACGCCGUUGGAACGAUGAGCAGUGUUCAACUUUAAUGGGCUUUCUUUGUGCUCAAAGUCUUUGAGAUCAUUUGUUACUUCAUACAUUUCAAUAUUAUGACUGUAUCUGCAAAAAUAAGAAUAAUAAGAAUAAUUCUGUAACUUUAAUUUGAGACUGUAUAUCUUUCAGUAUAUAAAAAGAAAUCUCUGAAAGACUCUUAAAUCAUUAAAA